AUGGACGCGAACAACGCUCCAGUAACCCCCAACAUCACACUCUCAGACGCCGGUGGCCACGCUCAAUCUCUCCCAGGAUUCGUCGCACCGACGUCGACGUACGCUCAGGCUCCACAGCUUUCACCUCAGCCCCAGCCCCCGCUACCCGCUUCCCAACCCGAUCUCUCCUUGUCUCCUGCUCAUCCGAGCGGACAGAUGGCCACACCCUCCGCGUCUGCCCCCACUCCGACAGCACAGGUCGCCACCUCGACCGGAUUACUCCCCGCGCUGUCUCCCGAAGCAGCACGCCUGGGCCAGUCUCAACCCCAGGCCGCCCAAGGUCAGAUGCCAACGUUUGCCCAGCAGAUGCCCAUGAUGCAUCCAGGAGGACAACCCCGCCCCGGCCAGCAAGGCUUCGUCGGAUCGCCGCACGGCACCCCUGGCGGUAGCCAGAACAACGUGUUCCAGGCCGUCAUGGGCGCCGGACCAGGACAGGUGCCGCAAGAUGAUGUUGGCGGCGCAGGCAACGUCAAGGUCUAUGCCAGCGCGUACUCGCAGAUCCCUGUUUUCGAAGCGAUGAUCCGCAACAUCUCGGUCAUGCGCCGGAUGGCUGACUCGUGGGUCAAUGCUACGCAGAUCCUCAAAGUGGCUGGCAUCUCAAAGUCUGUUCGAACAAAGAUCUUAGAGAAGCAGGUCCAGACGCAGAUGCACGAGAAGGUGCAAGGCGGCUAUGGCAAAUACCAGGGAACGUGGAUCCCUCUGGAUCGCGGCCGUGCUCUUGCCGAGCAGUAUGGUGUCCUGCAGUUCCUCGCCCCCAUCUUUGACUUUGUCCCCCCGCCGACGGGACCCCCGGCCCUUCCAAUGCGUGGUGGUAGUGCCACCCCUAACGCGAAGACCCCUGGUGGAGGCGCUGGCGCGCGCAUGCCAGGAUCAGCUGGCAGCGCUGGACGGUUAAUGUCGCCUUACGCUCGACAGAACGCCGCUGGACCGCCUCCGCCACCUCCGCAAUUCAUGCAGCAACAGCAGCCCAUGCCCGGCCAGCAGGACAUGAUGAUGGGUCAGCCGCAAAUGCUGUACCAGCAGCAGAACCAGCCCAUGCAGGGCAUGUACUAUCAGCCGGUGGGACACCCGCAACCACCCCAGCACAUGGUUUAUGAGCAGGGGCGCGACCCGAACAUGGACAUGUCGGGCGGCAUGCAGAUGCAGCCGAACCAGGGAGGAUUGGCGCCUCCUGCAAACAUCAAUGGACAUGGCAACGGCAUGCAGGGGCUGCCGCAACCGAACGAGAUGUACGUGGACCAGUACGGCCAGGCCCACUCGGUUGGUAUGCCCAGCGCGGCACCCAUCUCCGCAGAAGUCGACGCCCCUCCACCAGCCAAGCGCGCCCGCGUCGACGAGCCGGCCAACGGAGAAGAACCGCAGGAGGGGACUGGAAGUGAGGACGACGACGACGAGACGCGAGACCGACCACCACUGCCGGCGUCAUUCCGCCUCUCGACGAAACCGUUCAAGCCGAGACUUAGCUCCGAGUCUCAUCGCCGACGACAACAGCUCCUGUCGCUGUUCCAAACGGACACCGUCGACAUCCGAAGUGUGUUCGAGCUCGGCCCGAAUGACAAGCCUGACUGGGACAUUGACAUGGUCAUUGACGAGCAGGGUCACACGGCCCUGCACUGGGCCUGUGCGCUCGCCAAGAUGGACGUCAUCUCGCAGCUCAUCGAGCUUGGGGCCGACAUCCAUCGCGGCAACUACUCUGGCGAGACUCCUCUCAUCCGCUCUGUCCUCACCACGAACCACGCCGAGGCCGGCACGUUCAGUCAGCUUCUCGAGAAGCACCUCGGCGAGUCUGUUCGGACGCUCGACCACUCGUAUGACUCGGUCAUCCACCACAUUGCCCUCUCUGCUGGACUCAAGGGUCGCGCCGCCUGUGCACGUGGAUACAUGGCCGCUGUUCUCGGAUACAUUGCCCAGGAGCAGACAAAGACGCGCGAGCUCGCUCAGUCGACGCCAGGUAACGGCAACGCACUUGCGCCCGCAGCCGCGAUCGGCACCGACACCAUCAGCCUCAAGCGUCUCGUCGACCUUCAGGACCUGAAGGGCGACACGGCGCUCAAUAUCGCCGCGCGCAUCGGCUCCAAGCCGCUCGUCAAUCUGCUGCUCGACGCGGGCGCGGACAAGACCAAGGCUAACAAGCUCGGCCUUCGUCCGUACGACUUCGGUGUUGAGGUCGCCGCCCUCCAGGUCUCUAACAACGAAGCUGUUGUCGCUGCUCUUCGCCCCGAGGUCAAGCGGCCAGAGAAGCGCAACAUUUCUGCUCUCUUCGAGGACGUGAACCGGACAUUCGAUGGCGAAAUGGAGAAGCACGUCGAGUCUCUCAAUAGUGUUGAGAAGAACGUCCGUGUGGCGACGCGAUCAUUAGCGGAGAAGCGUCAGCAGGUUGACGCCGCGCGACAGAAGCUCGACACGCUGGAGCAGCAGGCUGCGCGGAUCGACAACGCAAAGCGGGCGCUUGAGGCAAACAUGGACUGGUCUGGCAGAACACCCCUCAAGGGGGAGUCGUCCUUGCCGCCUGCGUUCGGCCUCGUUCCCCCACUCGCUCCCGCAGCCGGCGAGCCGUCUUCGGCAACGCCGGCCACCGACCCGCCCAUUCCCGCUGUUGGCGAGGCAGGUGCGCUUACGCAACUGCGCCGGCUGGCGAUGUGGGAGGACCGGAUGGCCAAGUUGCUCGAGGAGCGUGCUGCCGAGCUGGAAGGCGACGGUGCCGAUCGUGCCGUCAAGUACCGGAAGGUGAUCGCGCUGUGCGCCAAGGUGCCUGUCGAGCAGGUUGAUGACCUCCGUGUCAGCGAGCCUGGCGCUCACUGA